AUGGGGGCACAGGAUCUGGAGCUGCAGCAGAGAUUGGCAAAGUUACUUCAGCCUGCGGAGCAAUUCUUGUCCUCAGGCCUGGUGGACCGUGCCCUUGAGGCAAAACUGCUUCUGCUGGCGGCUUUGGCGGGGGAACACUUGCUCCUUAUUGGACCUCCUGGGACGGCCAAGAGCCUGCUGGCACGGCGUCUGGCUGAGCUGGGCUCUGCUAGCUAUUUCGAGCGCCUCCUCACGCGCUUCUCUACGCCUGACGAAGUCUUCGGUCCGCUGUCGCUCAAGGCGCUGCAGGAGGACCGGCUGGAGAGGAGGACCGAACGCUAUUUGCCUGAAGCCGAGGUGGCCCUCCUGGAUGAGGUCUUCAAGGCCAACUCUGCCAUCCUCAAUGCCUUGCUGACUCUGCUGAAUGAACGGGUCUUCGACAAUGGCAGCCAGCGCUGCAGUGCUCUGCUUUGGUGUGCCGUGGGGGCUUCCAACGAGAUGCCGGCUGAGGGAGAACUUGAUGCGCUCUUCGACCGCUUCCUUCUAAAGCGCUUCGUAAAUCCUGUAUCAGAUGUGCAGGCGAAAGCACUGCUGGCCGCGGCCGCCUCUUCUGGAGCCGCGGUAGCACAGCCUUCGCAGCCCGCGCGCGUAGCAGUGGAGCUCAGCGCGGCGCUGGGCCGGGAAGUACGUGCCGCUGCAUCCCGUGUCGCUUUCCCUGCCCGGCUGCUCCAGACUCUGGCAAGACUGCGGCAGCAUCUGCAGGAGGAGGAGCCACCUGUGCGCAUUUCGGACCGCCGCCUUGCAAAGGCAGCACAGCUUGUCCAGAUUGUCGCCUUCACAUCAGGUGCCUGCCGUGUGAGUGAGCUGGACCUGCUUUGUCUGCAAUACGUUCUCUGGGAUCGCGACCCAGAGAUGUCGGAGCGGAUACGCGACUGGCUGCUGGCCACUUUUGCGCCCAAGGCUGCAGGAGGGGAGGUCGGCGAUAUUCAAGUCGAGGGUGCAGGAAGAUCCGACAUGGAUGGCAUCUAUGAGUUUGUAGGUGACCGAGAUGGCAAGCGCUGGUAUCAGCAACGGGAUGGUCAAGGAGCUAUCUAUUUCGAUCUUUUCUGGAAGCUUUGCGAUGGCUCCAUGCCGGGAGGGCCAGGCAAUCCACCUUGGUAUCAGAGCAUUGAGGACAUGACAGAGGUAGAGCCUCCCACUGGUGGUUGGUCAACCUGUUACGCGGUGGCGGAGCCUUCUCCGACCCUUUGGAAGGUAUUGGAUGGAAGCGGCAGCACCGACAACCCAGUGGUCCGCGCUAGAAUUAGGCUCGAGAGCCUGCAGCGCCGUGGGAAAAAGCCAGACGCCUCGCUGCAGAAAGACUUGGCUUCUUUCAUGAAGUCUCUGAAGGCUCUUCGACUGUCACGUCUGGAGGUCCUCUCUGCGCUGCAGGAGGUUUUGGCGCCCCAAAGCACCCAAGGCAUGCGAUCAUUUUGGCUGGAGGAAAGGGACAUCUCCGAGGCAGAGGCGAAUGUAUUGCCAAGUGCCCAGGAGGCAGUCCAGCAGGUCGAACAGCUCCUCCGAGAGGUGCAGUCCUUGCUGGCUCAGCUGGAGAGCAGUGACAUGGGGGCCCGCGGCAGGAUUGGUGGUCCCAACGCGCCGCUGGCCACUGAAGCUAUCGAUCAGGCAGUUUGCACUGUGAACUCGCUGGCCUCCAUUUUCUACUUGGACCAGGCGCUGGUGGAGAUCUACGGCGCGACCUUCAGCUGCGACGGGGUGGAAACGGAGGAUGAGCAGAUCUGCUGCACUGGUAGCGUAUUUGGAAUCCUACAAUCCUUCGUCAACACAGCCUCGUGGCUGGCCGGCCUGGUCACGCAGUGCGCCAAUGUCACGAAUCUGCAGGCUGACUGCGCGUCAGUGAUAUUGGCCUUUCCAGGAAGCGUCUUCGAGGCACUGGAGGCCGGCCUGGAUUCCGUGAGUGCGUGCCAGGACCAGGCGCAGAUGGUGCUCGACUCCUCGCGGCGAUUACUCAAAAACCGGGGCUGGUCUGAACGGUUUGGCGACUGGACCUCGCCUGUGCUGCCUGCACCAAAGCGUGAGCUCAAGCCAGGCCUGGGGUCUCCCGAAGAGAAGCAGGAUGCCGCAUGGUGCCAAGUGGACGUCACUCAGGCGGCUGUCUACUUUGCGCAGGCGGGCGUUUUCAUUGAUGUUGCGGCACGCCGCGGCUGCACCAACACCACCGGAGCUUUGAACCAAGCUGGUUGUGCUGCCACAGUGACGCUGAUCGUAGCGGCCAUGGCGAAUGUGGCCUCCUACCUCUCUGGGGCGGCCCAGCGAUGUGGGGACACGGUACAAAUGGGGAUAUGUGGGAGCGAUGCUGGGAGCAUCGCAAAUGCAAUUGCUAGUAUUGCAAACGCUGGUGCCAGCGUCCUGGGUACAUGCCAGGCAACAAGGGUGGUGUUCUUGGGUACAUGA